AUGAUGAGCACCAGUAAUCGAAUUAAUAUGUUGUCUAGUUGGCCAUCAUCAUUACAAUUUGUUAAAGAUUUUGAUCGUACAAAUUAUUCAAUUAAAUCAGAAGAAUCAACAUCAACUGAUGAGUUAGAUGAUGAUCAAAACAAUGAUGGUGAAGGUGUUUGGAGUCCUGAUAUUGAACAAAGUUUUCAUGAAGCAUUAGCUAUUUAUCCUCCAUGUGGUCGAAGAAAAAUAAUUCUAUCCGAUGAAGGUAAAAUGUUCGGUAGAAAUGAACUUAUUUCACGUUAUAUUAAAAUGCGUACGGGUAAAUUACGUACACGUAAACAAGUCUCAUCACAUAUUCAAGUUCUUGCUAAACGAAAAUCAAAAGAACUUCAAACAUUAUUUAAAGAUUCAACUUUUAAAGAACCUCAUCGUCCAUUUGUUUUUAAUCAACAUUAUCAUCAAUUACAUAAUUCAACAACACCAUCAACAAUUAUUACUGAUAGUACUUCAUCUUAUUAUACACAUCAACAACAUACACCAGUAUCAUUUUUUUCAUCAACACCUACAUUAUCAUUUAAAGCAACAACACCAAUCAUUUGGCAACAACCAAAUUCAGAAAUAAAAUCAUUUUCACCAUCGUCAAUAACAACAGAUUUUAUUUCAAUGCCAAAUAUCACAACAAAUUUUAUAAAUACAAAUAGUUUAAAACUUACUGAAUUUGCUGGAUAUAUUCAAUCAAAAUCUGAUAUUAAUUUAAGACAUUAUCUAGUUCAUAUCAGUCAAGAAGCUGGUACUGAUAUGAAAUCUGAAUAUAUCAAAAUGAGCCAAAUUAUUGACUUAUUUCCUAUGUUAAAAGAACUUUAUAAUAAAGGAUCGAAAGAUGCAUUUUAUGUUGUUAAAGUCAAUAUGGACUAUCAAGAAAAUUCAACUGAUACACAUCAUUAUUUUUCUGUUUUUGAAAGUUUCGAAGAUAAUAUGAAUUUAUGUAUAACAACAAAAGCAUGUUCAUUUGGUAAAACAAUUGUAGAAAAAAUUGAAAAUGGUACAACAAAAUAUAAUGAUACUAUUAAUAAAUAUAUUCAUCGUUCAAUUGAUACAACAAUGUGUAAUUUUAUGAUUGAUUUUAUAAAAAAACUUAAAACAGGAUUAUUAAUACGUGACAUGAUGAAUGUUGUACUUGAACAUUUAGGAGUACUUCAAACAGUAGUAUCGAAAGAUACAGAUGAAUUAUUAUUAUGUAUUGCAUAUAUAUUUGAAAUAAGUGAAUCAUUAAGUGGUACACAAUCGACUGCUUAUCGUUUAUGCGAAUAA